UUUCGCAGAGCCAGAUGGAUGGGAUAUAAAGAUCAUGGUCCUCAAGCUCUACGGUUACCCCACCUCGACCUGCACGCUGCGCGUCGCAGUGACCCUGAAGGAGAAGAACGUCCCGUUCGAGUUCAUCCCCGUUGACCUCGUCGGCGGACAACACAAGACUCCCGCCUUCACCGCGAACCAACCCUUUGGCCAGGUGCCCUACAUCGUGGAAGACGACGGCUUCCAGAUGUACGAGUCCCGCGCGAUCGCGCGCUACAUCGCCGCGAAGUACGCCGGCGUCGGCGAGCAGCUGAUCCCGAAGGACCUCCGCGAGAGCGCCAUCUUCGAGCAGGGCGCGAGCAUCGAGCUCACCGACUACGAGCCGUUCGUGUCUGGCCUCGCGUGGGAGAACAAGUUCACGCAGAUGUACGGCGGGACGAAGGACGAGAAGCGCGCAGAGAGUCUGCUGGCAACGUGGCGCUCCAAGCUUGACGCGUACGACAAGAUCCUUGGGCAGCAGAAAUAUAUCGGUGGCAAUAAAAUCACUCUCGCAGACCUGUUUCACCUCCCAUACGGCAGCGUCCUCCUGGGCAUUGGGAUUGAUGAGUUCAGCAGCCGCCCAAAUGUCGCGAGGUGGUGGAAUGAUAUCACAUCCAGGCCGUCGUGGCAGGCGAUCAAGGAUGGUCUUUAAGUGAAUAUAGGCUAUUCAUGUACAACUGAAAGGGAAUGAUGUACUACUCAUUAUGUACCACUGACAAGGGAUCAAUUCAAACUAAAUACAACAACAUCGCAUGUGGGAGUCUUAAGUUCAUCCUCGCGAUGAGCAC